CACAAGUGCGAAUAUUGCGUUAUAAAUACCCCAACGCCAAAACACAUUAUCCAAUAUAUCCACCUUCACCCUUCAUCUACAUAUGGAGUCUCUUUCUUGGAUUCUUUUAGCUACUGCAAUCUUCCUCCUUAUUUUUAAACUCUUGAACUACCCCAAUGGAACUAGAAAAAACCUUCCACCAGGUCCUCGACCAUGGCCUCUCAUCGGCAACCUUAAUCUAAUCGGCUCUCUCCCCCACCAGUCUCUCCACAAUUUAUCCCAAACAUAUGGCAAACUAAUGUACCUCAAGUUUGGAUCAUUCCCAGUUGUAAUAGCAUCAUCCCCAGAUAUGGCAAAGCUGUUCUUGAAAACCCAUGACCAUAUUUUCGCUUCCAGGCCGUUGACUGCAGCCGGAAAGUAUACCAGCUAUAACUACCAAGACAUUUUAUUCGCUCCAUCUACGGACCACUGGAAGCAAGGUAGGAAAAUCUACCUUAACGAGGUUUUUAGCCCAAAAAGACUUGAUUCCUCCGAAUACAUUCGUGUUCAAGAAACACAUGAUUUCCUAUCCGGUUUACAUGCAUUGUCUGGAGAUCCGAUCAUUCUAAAAGAACAUGUAUUGCGCAUGAUUCUAUGUCAGAUUAGCAGGACUGUAUUGGGUCGUAAGUACUUCAGCGAAUCAAAAGACAAUAAGGAAAGCUUGACACUCGAAGAAUUUCAAGAAAUGUUGGAUGAGUUCUCCGUGUUGAACGCAGCUUUUAAUCUUGGGGAUUGGAUCCCUUGGAUGGGGUUUAUGGAUUUGCAAGGUUAUGUAAAGAGGAUGAAGGCUUUAAGCAAGAGAUUUGAUAGGUUAUAUGAACAUGUUUUUAACGAGCAUAGGGGUAGGAUGAAAGAUGAAAAGGAGGGUUUUGUAGCGAGAGAUGUGGUUGAUGUGCUUUUGAAGUUGGCAGAGGAUCCUAAUCUUGAAGUCAAGCUCAAUAUUGACGCUGUCAAGGGGCUUACGCAGGAUUUGAUUGUGGGUGCAACUGAUACAACUACAACAACUAUAGAAUGGGCAAUGAGCGAACUUAUUAAACAACCUCAUCUAAUAAAAAAGGCAACCGAAGAGCUCGAUAGGGUGAUUGGUAAAGAGAGAUGGGUCCAAGAGACUGACUUCACAAACCUACCUUUCAUCGAUUUAAUUCUAAAGGAAACCAUGAGGCUGCACCCACCGGGGGUAUUACUAGCACCGCAUUUAGCACUUGAAGAUUGCAAAGUGGACAGAUACGACAUCGUAAAAGGCACAAUAGUUUUUGUCAACACAUGGAGUAUUGGAAGGGAUUCGGUUGUUUGGGAUGACGUGGACAGUUUCAGACCAGAGAGAUUUUUGGGUAGCGAUAUAGAUGUAAAAGGGCAACAUUUUGAGUUAUUGCCGUUUAGUUCGGGUAGAAGGAUGUGCCCUGGCUAUAGACUAGGGUUAAAGAUGAUGAGGUCACUAUUGGGAAACAUGUUGCAUGGGUUUAACUGGAAGUUGCCUGAAAAUAUGAGAUGUGAAGAUAUAAAAAUGGAGGAGGAUUUGAUUGUGGGUGCAACUGAUACAACUACAACAACUAUAGAAUGGGCAAUGAGCGAACUUAUUAAACAACCUCAUCUAAUAAAAAAGGCAACCGAAGAGCUCGAUAGGGUGAUUGGUAAAGAGAGAUGGGUCCAAGAGACUGACUUCACAAACCUACCUUUCAUCGAUUUAAUUCUAAAGGAAACCAUGAGGCUGCACCCACCGGGGGUAUUACUAGCACCGCAUUUAGCACUUGAAGAUUGCAAAGUGGACAGAUACGACAUCGUAAAAGGCACAAUAGUUUUUGUCAACACAUGGAGUAUUGGAAGGGAUUCGGUUGUUUGGGAUGACGUGGACAGUUUCAGACCAGAGAGAUUUUUGGGUAGCGAUAUAGAUGUAAAAGGGCAACAUUUUGAGUUAUUGCCGUUUAGUUCGGGUAGAAGGAUGUGCCCUGGCUAUAGACUAGGGUUAAAGAUGAUGAGGUCACUAUUGGGAAACAUGUUGCAUGGGUUUAACUGGAAGUUGCCUGAAAAUAUGAGAUGUGAAGAUAUAAAAAUGGAGGAGGUGUAUGGACUAUCUACAAAAAGAAAGUUCCCGUUAGUUGCUGUAUUAGAGCCUCGGUUGCCUAGUCAUAUGUAUCACUCAUUAAGUGGAACGACGAUUUAGGGAGAAAAACAAUAUUUUCCUAAUUAUUUCGUGUUUAAUUUUUUUUAUUAGGUUACAAGUUACAACCCCUGAAAAUUACAGA